AGAGCCGAAUUCGAAAUUGAUGGAAUAUGUUUAUUGUUUACCAAACCGUAUCGUACCGUCGAUUUAAAUUUGGUAUGAUCCGGUUCAGAACUUCAACCAAACAGUUUAUCUCAGAAUAGACGGAGCAGAAGAAAGAAAGCUCUUGUCGCCGUGGGAAAACAAACAAUCUCAUUUUCUUCUUCUUCGCCUCUUCCUCCUCCAUGAAUCUCCUCAAAACCAUUCAUCAUCACCAGUCCACUCUUACUCAAUUUUACCACUUCGCCACUACUAACUCAUUUGCUUCCUCUUCCUCUUCUCUGCUGUCACUCUCUCCACAAAGACCAAGAAUCUCUCUCGUCUCCACCUCCAACCGAAGCUGCCUCGCACUCUCGAGCAUCUCGAGCGUCUCCAGAGCUUCGUUUUCAGGUAAUCAAGAGGAUGGGAAGAAAGAAGAAGCCGAGGAGGGAGAUGAAUUGGUUUACCAGAAGACGCUGAGACUGGUGGAAUGCGCCAUGUUCGCUGCCGUCACCGGGCUUGUUUAUUUUCUCAGCAACUCCCUCGCCAUUGAGAACUACUUUGGGUGUUUCUUUGCGUUGCCAAUAGUGAUAUCUUCGAUAAGAUGGAACAUUGCAGGCGGCAGGAAGACAAUGGUUGCUACUGUCAUGCUCUUGUUCAUAUUAUCAGGUCCAGUCAAAGCAUUGACUUACUUUCUUAUGCAUGGCCUUCUGGGGCUUGCGAUUGGUUCAUUGUGGAGGAUGAAGGCAAGCUGGCGUCUCUCCAUUUUCUUAUGCACAAUGGUCCGAGCAUUGGGUCUCAUAGGAUAUGUUCUGACAUCAUCCUUCUUAAUAAGAGAAAACAUUCUUGCUGUGAUCACAAUUAACAUUCACGCAUCUCUCUCUUAUGUUUUCACCGCCAUGGGCCUCAACCUAAUGCCUUCCAUGAGCCUCAUCUAUAUGAUAUUCGGAACAGUGCUGUUGCUAAACAGUGGAUUCUUUGUGCUGUUGCUGCAUAUCCUCUACUCAAUCUUCCUCACAAGACUUGGAAUGAAAUCUUCCUUGAGGCUGCCGGCUUGGUUAGACAAAGCAAUAUGAUGGCUUUCACAGGAUCCACACAGAAACGAUAAGCAGAGCUGGUGAUAGAUUUUGUGUAGAGCAAUUUCUGGUGGAGCAUAUUUGUAAAACUUGUGUAGGGCUGACAUACAGAUCCAAACCCAAAACAAAAAUUUGUUUAUAAUAUGAUCAGUACUGUAAUUUUCAUAUGAAACGCUCAGAAACCGAA